CCGGGCGGUACGAGAUUCAAAAAUUCGAGUAGGUGGAGAGAGAGAGGAAUAAAAAAGUGUGAGAUCGAUUUUUCUUUGCUUUUAAAACAGCAGAAGAGAGAAGAGUAGCAGCUACUCAUAAUAUACGGCCCACCACACCACCACCGCCGGAAAGUUCCCGAUCAUCGGGAGAGGGGGAGUGGUGACAGAGGACAUCCUCGUCAUUUCGAUCAGAUCCAUACUCUUAUCUCUGACAUACCAGUAGAUAUAGAAAGGAGCCAACAGCACAGUACAGCGCAGCUUUACUGUGCUUUUACAAAAGAAGGGGGAAACUUACAGAACACGAGGAGUGUGAAAGAAGGGAGGAUUCUUUGUUACUCCAUUAUUUGUUUCGAUUUCAAAGUCAAGCAUUUGGAUAGUAGAUUUGGGGGAGAUUUCUAGAAAUGGAAAGGACUACUCCGGUGAGGAAGCCACACACAUCGACCGCAGAUCUGCUCACCUGGUCGGAGAAUCCUCCCUCCGAUUGGACCCCCGGUGGCUCUGCUUCUCGUUCUGCUGCCCGUUCACACCAGCCGUCCGAUGGGAUCAGUAAGGUGGUGUUUGGAGGUCAAGUGACGGACGAGGAGGUUGAGAGUUUAAACAAAAGGAAACCUUGCUCAGGGUAUAAAAUGAAAGAGAUGACUGGAAGUGGCAUUUUUGCAGCCAAUGGUGAAAAUGAUGCAUCCGAAUCCAGCGAUGCUAACCUUUCUCUGAAUGGCAGAACAGGAGUACGGAUUUACCAGCAAGCAUUAGCUGGUAUCAGUCAUAUUUCAUUUGCUGAGGAGGAUAGUAUCUCCCCCAAAAAGCCAACUACUCUUCCUGAAGUAGCAAAGCAGCGAGAGCUUAGUGGAACACUUGAAAGUGAGGCCGAGGCUGAGGCAAGGCUGAAAAAGCAAGUUUCUGAUGCUAAAUGCAAGGAACUCAGUGGAAAUGAUAUCUUUGCACCCCCGCCUGAAAUUUUACCACGACCAGCAGCUAUACGUGCAUUGGCAUUGAAAGAAAGCAUCCAAAUUGGAGAAACUUCUCCAAGUAAUCAUGCUGGAGGUCAAACAAGUGAGGAACCUGUGAACAAGACAGCCAAAAAGAUUUACAAUCAGAAAUUUGCUGAACUAUCAGGAAAUAACGUAUUCAAGGGUGAUGUUCCUCCAUCAUCUGCCGAGAAACCUCUGAGUUCUGCUAAAUUGCGAGAGAUUAGUGGCAGCAACAUUUUCGCUGAUGGGAAAGUAGAGUCUCGAGACUACUUAGGUGGUGUUCGCAAACCCCCUGGCGGCGAGAGCAGCAUUGCCUUGGUUUAAACACUUUUAGGUCUAACAAAGUUAUUUUAAUUUUACUUCAUUGGUGUCUGGUUUUGAUUUUAUUCUAGUGGAGAUGUGCUUUUGUAUUAUUUUGACUUGCAUUGUGGGUUUCUAAGUUAUGAUUUAGGGUUUAGCAUGUCAACUGAGCUUGUGGACUCCCUGCUAAUUGGAUUCAUCUGUCCAUAUAUUCUUGUGCCUUUCCUGUACUGGUCUUGGUUAAGUGCUUGACACGUUCAUAAUGAUAUUACUUUUAACAUAUUAUUAUCAUUGUUUAGGGUUUUUUUCUUGAUUUAUUUGAAUUGAUACGUGAUGCACAA